AUGGGGGAUUUUCGCAAUAUUAGCUGGUGGGGGGCAUUCAACAAGACCUUGAACCAACAGAAAUUUAACAGUCUGGACGAUAUUGAAAUCACGGCUGAUGGCAGUUUAAUACUGAGGAUCAUAAUCUCAGUAGUGUACUCGGUUGUAUGUGCUGUCGGUUUGAUCGGGAACUUGUUAGUUUUCUUCUUGAUGAACAUCCGACAAGGGAGAAAGAAAUCCACAAUUAACUUUUUCGUUAUAAAUUUAGCAGUAACAGAUUUUCAGUUUGUCCUAACCUUGCCAUUCUGGGCCGUGGACACCGCGCUGGACUUCAGCUGGCCAUUUGGAGAUGCUAUGUGCAAAAUAAUUUUGUCCGUCACCGUAAUGAAUAUGUACGCGAGCGUCUUCUUUCUUACUGCAAUGAGCAUCACUCGAUAUUGGUCUGUAGCCUCGGGUCUAAAGAACCGUACCCAUCACAGAAACAUCUCUGUGAAGUGGGUCUGUGCAGUACUGUGGGUUUCAGCAACUCUGGCUACGGCACCAACUUCAGUUUUUUCGACGGUGGACACUGUUGCUGGAGAAAAGCUCUGUCUUCUAAGGUUUCCUGACGGCCAGCACUGGCUCGCUCUGUAUCACCUUCAGAAAAUCUUCAUUGCAUUCAUUUUACCAAUGCUUAUCCUAUCAGUAUCUUAUUUGCUGCUGCUACGCUUCAUUCGUCAGAAGAGUAUGAAGAACAACCAUCCAAAAAGGAGAUCUAAAGUUACCAAAUCCGUUACUGUAGUUGUCCUCUCCUUUUUCAUUUGUUGGAUGCCAAAUCAUGCAAUUACACUCUGGGGCGUGCUGGUAAAAUUCAAUGCCGUUUAUUGGGAUAAAACAUACUACAUGAUACACACCUACGUGUUUCCAGUGACUGUAUGCCUAGCCCAUGCCAACAGCUGUCUGAACCCAGUCCUAUAUUGUCUAAUGCGACGGGAGUUCAGGACGAUGCUAAGGAAUUUAUUUUGGCGAAUAUCCUCACCAUCCGUCUCUACCUGCAAAUUGCGUGGGUACAGUGCCACCAUCAAACCAGAGCAUGGAGACGACAAUAUUGCAGUCCCUUUCAAUGCAAUGGACACAGAACAACAUCAGCUGUCUAUUAUAGACAGUGUUACAGUCAACCAGACUAAGUCAGUUCACUUCAGGUGUACAUUAUUGCCGAAAGAUGACCUGAUGUAA